AUGCCCUUAACCACUCAAGACCAGCUCACAAUCGAGAAAAGCCCAGCCUAUUUCCAUAGCAAAACCGCUGCCGAACGAAUACGUGCUUUAAACCCAGCGAUGAAAAUCAUCAUAGUGGUACGAGAUCCAGUGAUGAGAGCGAUAUCAGAUUACACACAAGCUUCGUCAAAGCGAAAAGCACUCGGUGUGAUGCCAAGUUUUGAAGAAAUGGCCGUUGGCAAUUGUGCUCCAUGGCUCAGAACAAACUGUUCCUCGAAAGUGGGCGGAGUUAACGUUGGAUGGGGUGCUAUACGAAUAGGAGUUUAUCAUAAACAUAUGAAAAGAUGGCUAGACAAUUUCCCCUUAGAGCAGAUUCAUAUAGUUGAUGGAGAACGAUUAGUAACACAACCUGCUUUGGAAAUUAGCCGAACAGAGCGCUUCCUUGGACUUGAGCCAGUGGUAAAGCCAAGAAACUUCCAAGUAGACCCAAUCAAGAAAUUCCCUUGCAUUCGACAUCUCGAUAGCUCACUUCAUUGCUUGGGCAAAACAAAAGGACGAAAACAUCCCCGUGUCCAACCUGAAGUGCUCCAUCGCCUGAAAAGAUUCUACAAAUCUGAAAAUCAAAAAUUCUUUCAAAUGGUGAAUCGAUCAUUUGCGUGGUAA